AUGACUGACCAUUGCAUACGUCAAGAAGAAAAUAAAGAAAAUGUAGCAUCAUCUGAGCCGUUUCUAAAAUUUGUCCCAUUUAAUGGUAGUCAAUCGGCAGCACAAACACAAACUGAAGAUGAUCAUCCUGUUUUAGUAUUGAAACAUUUUGCUCAAGUACCCAAGCUCUAUUUUGAUAAAGUCAAAGUUGGCCGAAACAAAUCGAUUUUAUUAACGAUUGUCAAUCCAUCGUCCAAAAUACAUCAUAUCAAAGUUGGAAAAGUAUCUGAAUUAAAAGGCUUUACAGUCAAUACAACAACAUUAGCUAUCCAACCCGAGAGUCAACAACAACUCGAAAUUACCUGGAAUCCUAAAGUCGUUGGCUCAGUUCACGAUACUUUGGUUUUAGUAAGCCAAAACACUCACCGAUUACACGUAGUUCUUAAUGGAACUGCUAUUGAAUCGCCUCAUAAGAAAAGAACCGGGCGAAGACUUAAUCAACAACGUCAUCAAGUUAAUAAUAAACUACACAAGAUUAACACAUCGAAGCCAAAUCAGAAAGCAGUACUAAAUACAGUCAUUGAUGUCUUACAGGGAGACGCUAACAAGAAUAAUAAAUCGGAAUCAAAUCAAAAAGUUCCAACAACAACUACAACUGAUGCUGUACAAAAUGAUACGAAACAUCAAGUUCAAGACGAACAAACUAAUGUAUCAACUUCAAAUCAUCAUCAACAAUAUGGCCAAGAAAAAUUUGUCAAUUCCCAGUUGGUUGAUUUUCAAUCAACUAAUCAUGAUAACCAAUUAAAAAAAAGUCAUUUUGGUAAUCAUAUUAUUCGAGAAACUUACACUAAAUCGGAAUUGGAAGAUUCUCUAUUAGGAAAUGUUGAUUCAUGUCCAGAUGAUAAAGAAGACAAUGAUAAUAACAACCGUAAUAAUAGCAAUCUUAACACCCAAGAAAGUAAUUCCAAGACAGAAUUUAAAGUUCGUAUCAAUAAGACCAUUCCUAAUAAAUGCGUUAAGGCCAAAGUAAACUCUGAAAGUACUGCUAAGAAUAAGACUAAGCAACAACAGCUUCAGUCUUCACAACGCAAGGCCACUCUUCCAAAAACAUUCAACAUAAGGGGCAUAGCUCAAUCUCGCCUGCGACUCAUUUCUAAUGGAUCCGCAGUUAAGAAAACCAAAACAAUCUCACCAUUUGCAAGUCAAAAUAAUUGUUACGAUGAUCGCUGGAUUGAUAAGCAAGAAAGAGGAUUUACGUGUUGGCUUAAUUUUAUUCUUGUUCCUUGCGAAGAUGGCGUAUCUAUGAACAAAUUUGUAACCAAAGUUGAUGCUAGUACCCUAGCACUAACAACGGAUACAACAACACGACAGUAUCAUCCGACUAAAGAUACCUUAUCAUACAAAAAUUAUGAAAAUCGAAAGCAUUUAAUGAUGCUAAGGAGAGCAGCAUGUAUAUUAUACCAAUCGAAGCCAGUUAGAAUGGUGGUAGAACGUAUUACUGAUGCUGUAAAAGAAAGAAAAUUUACAUUCAAACUGGAUGCUAAUAUUCAUAGUGAUUUAGGCCUCAAACAAAACUUGUUAGAUCUAUUGCUAUCAUAUAAUCCACUUUGGCUACGCAUUGGAUUAGAGACAAUUUACGGUGAAGUAUUAAUGAUUGAAUCAAAUCAAGAUAUCAUUGGUUUGUCCACUUUUAUUAUCUCACGAUUCUUAAGCAAUCCUGAUAUUAUUAAAAAGUACAGAGACUCUUCAAAUCUGGAAAGCUUUUCUAAUAAAAAAGAUUUUAAAGAAGCGUUAGGACAAUAUGUCAUCAAGCAAUUCCUGCUAUUAAUAUUCUGUAUUGAUCAAGCUAAGUUAACUCGCCUUAUUGAUCAUGAUCCAUGUUUAUUUUGUAUGGAUGCAAAAUUCAAGUCAAGUCGUGAUUUACUUUUAAAGCUUUCACGAGAAUAUUUACGAGGCGAGGGAGAUAUUAUUCGUCAUUUAGGACAAUUUGGGUAUAAUGUUACUCAUGUUCAAACACCUUUGGAUGAAUACAACUACGCGGUUACAAAUCUAGCUGUAGAUUUAAGAGAUGGCGUUCGAUUAGCACGGUUAAUAGAAUUGUUCUCUCGAGAAUGGGGAAUUACAUCCAAUUUAAAACUGCCUGUUAAUAGCAGAUUACAGAAACUGAAGAAUGUUCAGGAAUCGCUUGCUGUACUCAAAGAGAAAAAAUUACUAAACAAUAUUGAAGUCAAACUGUACGGUUCCGCAAUUGUGGAUGGACAUCGAGAGAAGACCCUUGCUUUGCUUUGGAAAGUAAUUCAGCAUUAUCAGGUCAAUGUUAUUCUCAAUGAAGAUCACUUACGGGAGGAGAUUAUUUACUUACGAAGGGAAUACAGAAAGAAAUUGAAGCUAUUAUCGCCAGAUAUUGAUAUUAGUUAUACAAUCCCAUAUAAUGAUAUGUACGUCGAUCAUUUACAAUUGAAUUUACUAUUAUCAUGGUGCCAAUCGGUUUGCAAACUAUAUGGAAUUGAGAUCAAUAAUUUUACGGCCUCAUUCGGGGAUGGCCGCGCUUUAUGCUGCCUUGUCCAUCAUUAUCAUCCUGGUCUUUUACCAUAUUCAAAAAUAAGACACGAAACUACAUUAACGAUUUUAAACUAUGAAGAAGAACCGGAUGAUAAUAUGACAAAUUUAGUUGAUACCAAAGAAGGAUGGUCGGCUGUCUUUAGCCCAAAGACAGGAAAAGCCUCCAAAUAUGAUAAACUUAAAGCAAAUGAGAAAUAUAAUUUUAACUUAUAUAAUCAUAAGAUACAAGAAAUGAGAGGCGUUCCACUUCUUUUUAAAGCAUCACAAAUAAUAAAUGGCAUCCCAGAAGAGAAAGUUAUGAUAGCACAUCUAUCUUACUUAUGCUCAAAAUUAUUAGAAAUAAGACAAGAGUCAAGAGCUGCAAUCUGUAUCCAAAAAGCAUGGAGAAGUUAUAGUGACAUGAAAGAAUUAAUUAUUCAGCAGAAUAGAGAAACGGCUGCCAUUAAACUUCAAGGUGUAAUAAGAGGUUAUCUCACCCGCAAAGAUUGUCGAAAUCGAAUUAAUAAAGUUGUAAUAAUUCAGAGUUAUUGGCGUGGAUAUGUUGCUCGUUGCUUAGUUGAAGAUUUACGGCAAGAACAACUGGAAGCUAAGCAAGAAUACGCUGCAACUGUUAUUGAGUCUGCAUUCAGAGGAUAUAUAGCCAGAAAACAUUACUGUAAGCUCAGAGAAGCUAUCGUUAAAGCACAAUCUAUUUGGAGAGGUGGUAGAGUACGUUGUGAAUUAACACGACAAUAUCAAGCAGCACAAAUUAUCCAAAGGUACUACCGAAAUUCUCUCAUAACUAAAGCCGUUCAUGAAGAAUAUUGUAGAAUCAAAAAUAAAAUCAUUUUAUUACAAGCUGUAUUUCGUGGCUGGCACGAUAGGUGUUUUGUGGCUAAAUUCAGAGCUGCAAUUUGCAUUCAAUCCCAUUGGAGAGGAUAUCAUACACGUAGAAAUUUUAUGAGAACAAAACAGGAAAUUGUUACUGUUCAAUCUUGUGUCCGACGAUGGUUUGCGCAACGAAGGCUUCAACAAUAUACUACUGCUGCUAUAACUAUACAAUCGAUGUAUCGACGAUGGCAUGUACAGCAAAAUCUUCAACAACAGCGUAAAGCAGCAACUAUAAUACAAAAAUCAUUCAGAUGUUAUUACGUAAAACAGAAAUAUCGGCAGUUACAGCAAUCGGCUCUAGUUAUACAGCAGCAAUAUCGCGCUAUGAGGGCAAUGCAAAUACAGCAGUAUACAUACUUAAUCAUACGAGGUGCUUGUAUAACUCUUCAAGCUGCAAUAAAAGGAUAUCUCGUUAGGAAACAGUACUUACUAGAGAAAGCAGCUGCUAUACGAAUACAAUCGCAUUAUAGAUGUUAUAAGCAACGCCAAGAUUAUAUAAAAUUGUGUGAUUCUACUAUUAUUUUACAACGCCGAUGGAGAGCAACUUGUCUUCAACGAACUGCGAUCGAUAAGUAUCGAGUAAUCUGCCAAUCUAUUCUUACCAUUCAGACCUACUAUCGUGGAUGGGUGACAAGAAAAUGCUACAAUACUAAAUUACGAUCAGCAUUAAUAAUACAAUCUGCAUAUCGUCGAGCAGUAUGUCAGCGAUUAUAUCUCAAUAAGAAAUUUGCUGCAAUAAUGAUACAAUCUAAUAUUAGGCGUUGGAUUAGCCAUCGUGCCUAUGUUCAAAAAUAUCAUGCUAUAAUGGUAUUACAAGCUUUCGUCAAAGGUUGGCUAAAAGGUCAAGAUGUUCGUCGAGUCUGUGAUUUUUAUGCAAUCAGACAAAGUUGUAUCUUCAUUCAAUCUAGAAUACGUGGAUAUCUGGCAAGAAAGGAAUUAAUUAGAAAAAGAAAUGCUGUCCGAUGUAUUGAAAAUUGUUAUUUGACCUACACUUGUCGAUGUCGCUAUUUGAAUACUCAACACUCUGCUAUCACUAUACAACGGUGGUGGUUAUCUGUUAAAAAGGGUAGAGCUUGUAGACAAUUCUAUCUAACGCUUACACAAUCUUCAAUCUUAAUUCAAUCCAUGUGGCAAAUGCAUAUUGCUAGAAGUCAUUACAUUCAAAUGAGAGCGGCGGCUAUCCUAAUUCAAAGUCAUUAUCGUCGGUAUAGACAGAUUAAAAAGUAUACUGAUCUAAAAAUUGCGGCAUCCAUCAUUCAGCAAAGAUACAGGGCUCAAAUUGAAAUGAGAAAAGUUCGUGCAGCCUACUCAAGUAAUAUGCAAGCAUCCAUUGUUUUGCAAUCGGCAUGGAGAAGUUAUGUAGUUAGACGUCAAUAUCUACAAACGAAAAGAGCAGCAACUUUAAUUCAAAGUUAUCAUCGACGAUACUUAGCCUGUAAGAGCUAUAAUACUAUGAAAAUUGCAGCAGUUGUCAUCCAGCAAAGAUACAGAGCUCAAAUUGAAAUGAGAAAAGUUCAUACAGCCUACUCAACUAUUAUGCAAGCGUCCAUUAUUUUGCAAUCGGCAUGGAGAAGUUAUGUAGUUAGGCGCCAGUAUCUACAAAUGAAAAGAGCAGCAACUUUAAUUCAAAGUUAUCAACGACGAUACUUAGCCUGUAAGAGAUAUAAUACUAUGAAAAUUGCAGCAGUUGUCAUCCAGCAAAGAUAUAGAGCACAAGUUAAGAUGAGAAAUGAUGAAAAGGAUUACUUGACUACAAAGGCCUCUGCUAUUAAGAUACAAGCAGCCUAUCGAGGAUAUCAACAAAGAAAAUCACUAGCAAAGAAACAUAAUGCAGCUAUAAAGAUACAAGCAUUAUGGAAAAUGAAUAUUCAAAGAAAGAUGUAUCUAAGACAAUAUCAUGCUUGCACUAUUUUACAAUCUCAUGUUCGUGCAACAUUAUUGACUAUAAAAACUAGAAAGCGAUAUUUACAAAUUUUACAAUCGACCAUUUUAUUGCAAUCAAUGUCUUACCAGAAGCAGCGAGAAGCUGUUAUUAAAAUUCAACGAAAGUGGCGUGCAACACUGCUACGCAAUCACUUACAUCGUCACUUCCGACAAAUGAUACAAGCAAGCUUAACUAUUCAAAAGUGGACCAGAAGGUAUUUAGCCAUGAAACAGUACAACAUCUUAAAGGCGGUUAUCAAAAUUCAGACCACCUAUAGAGGUCAUAUCUGUCGCCGGCAGUUUAAUCGAGAAAGAUCCGCUGCUCUCAAAAUACAAUCAAUGAUAAGAAUGCAUAAACAACGUUGUACUUAUAUGCAACGAUUAAAUGCUAUUCAUGUUAUCCAAAAGUGUACUAAAGCUUAUUUACUGGGUCAACAAAUACGUCAAAAUUUUAAUUAUAAAAAGAUGAAAAAUGCAUGUACGAUGAUACAAACUGCUUUGAGAAGACACUUAGCUUAUAAGCAAUACCAACAUUUACGAGCAACAACUAUUAAAAUGCAAGCGCAGUUUAGAGGAAAAACUGUGAAAAAGCGUUAUGAUCAAUUACGUGAGGCAACGAUCACUUUACAACGCCGAUUAAGAGCUAAUUGGAUUGCUAGAUAUGAAUUAUUGCAAUAUCACUUUAUACGUGGUGCUAUUAUAACAAUUCAAAGUAAAUAUCGUAGCUAUGUCGUUCGUAAAAAGUACUGUCAAUUAAAAGAUAGUAUCAUUAAAGUGCAAGCUAAUGUCCGAUGUUAUCAAGAAAGGAAUCGUUAUUUACAACUUUUGAAUGCUGCAAUAAUGAUGCAAAGAAGAUACAGAAGUAAAAUUAUUGCUCAAAAAUUAAAUCAUGAGUAUAGAAAACUUCGUCAAAGUGCUAUUCUCAUCCAAGCUGUUUAUCGUGGACAUUUAUAUAGGCGACAUCUAGCUCAGCAUAAUGCGGCAGCUAUUACUAUCCAAUCUUUCUAUAGAGGCUAUCAAGUUAGACGUAAUCAUGGCGAUUUAGUUAAUACUGUGACAAAAUUGCAAGCAAUGUUUAGAAGAAAAAAAGCUCAAAUUUAUUACAAGCAAUUAUUACGAGCAUGUAGUAUGAUACAGCAAAGAUAUAGAGCUAAACUGGCUAUGAAGAAUACUGUAAAAGACUAUUUGUGUAAACGAGUAGCUAUUAUUAGAUUACAAAGUGCUGUAAGAGGCAUGUUCUCAAGAAGGGAAGCUCAAAAGAUUCGUUCUACAAUUAAACUUCAAGCACAUGUACGCGGAAUGUUGCAACGCCAAAAUUACAUGAAAUUAAAACAAUCAGCCAUAUUUAUUCAAUCAAAAAUACGUAGUUUGUUAGUCCGUAAGGAUUAUCAACGGCAAUUGAAUGCUAUAAUAUAUAUCCAACGUUGGUAUAGAGCUAGAUGUCUAGCUAAUGCAACACGGUAUAGCUACUUGUAUACAUGCGGUGCUAUUAUCACAAUCCAGGCUACUUAUAGAGGUUACUCUGUAAGAAAAUUAGUCAAUAAACAGCGUGAAGCUGCUAUUCAGAUACAAAGUUUUUACAGAUGCUAUUUUCAACGACGCCAAUAUACGCAAUUGAGAAAGAAUGCUAUUCUUUUGCAAGCAUGUGUACGACGGCAACAGCUUCAAGAAAGAUACCAACAAAUGCAAAAAGCUACAAUUAUCUUACAAAAUUAUUACCGAGCUUAUAAAGUUAGUCGUGAUCAAAGAGAAAGUUAUCUUUAUAUUCGGACCGCAGUAAUCCGAUUGCAAUCAUGCUGGCGUGGAUAUAGAACUAGAAAGCAAAUUGCUUUUGAAAAUGCUGCUUUAACAUUACAGAAGCGGUACAGAAUGAAAUUAAUAGGUCAAAGUAUAAGAAAUAAUUAUUUACAACUACGUGAGGCAGUUAUUUGUAUUCAAGCCUUUUAUCGUGGCCAUCAAUGUAGAAAGUGGACAACUAAGCUACGUGCUUGUCGUAUAAUUGUAGCUCACCAGAGAGGAUAUAUGAUCAGGAAACGUAUCGCUCAGCAAAAUCAAGCUGCAAGAUUAAUACAAACCCGGUGGCGUCUGCAUAAUCGCUAUACGCAAGCAAAUAGACGUAUCGAAAGAGCUGCAACUUUGAUUCAAGCAACAUGGAGAGGCUAUAUUGUACGCUUGAACCAAUUGAAGCAUAACAAAGCUCUAGAAGAGGCAAGACAACGCAUAAAGCAAGCAAAUGAAGCUGUAACUGAAGACAAAAAGUUAUCCAAUCGAACAAAAUCAGCAUUAAGAUGGCUAUUGAAGCCAAACAUAUAUAUGUCAAAACUACAUGAAGCUCUAAGGAAUUUAGAUAAUCCAACAAAAUUUUCUCAGGUUUGCAGUGAAAAUUUAGCUAAUAGUGAUGCUCUGGAGAUUAUUUUCAAAUUAAUUAAAUCACUGAAUCAUAGCGUGCCUAGCUAUGAUUUAAAUAAUGCAGCGUUGGAUGUCUUAAUCAACGUGGCUAACUUCCCAACGUGUACACAGGCGGUUUAUGAAGCGGAAAAUUCAAUUUCAACUAUUAUUCAUGUCAUUCAUGGUUACAUUAAUAAAAAUAAUGCCAUUUGCUAUAAAGCUAGCCAUCUACUUAAAAUUCUAUUGGAAUCUGGUGAUAGUAAGAUGAAAGUAGAUAUGUUGACGAAAGAUGUGACUAGCAGUAAGAAAUUAAUCAAGAUAUUUGAAAAAGUAACCAUCAAUGGAAAUGGAAAACACCUUCAUAUUUACAAUAUUGGCCGAAAAAAUUCCAAAAUAGCUUCAAGCAAACACCUAACUACAUCAUGUUUGCUACUUGUAAAAGAAUUGCUAAAAGCUCAAUCUACAUUUUACAGCAAGUCCAUCAACCAUGUUAUGGGAGCUCUAUCGUCUGAUAUCCAUGAUCUCUGA